AUGGAACGUCUUCUCCGUUCGUUGCUUAUGAAUCAAAACCGUCAGCCGUCCGAUGACGUCAACCACCCGGACACUUCUGAAACGUAAGCUUCUCUCUCUCUUUCUUCUACCCGAACUGUUCAACCGAAACUCUGUUUUCAGCGUGAACAUCUCAUCGUUGGCCCUUCUCAAAAUGCUCCGGCACGCGCGUUCGGGAGUUCCUCUCGAGGUGAUGGGACUGAUGCUCGGACAGUUUGUCGACGACUACACCAUCAACGUGAUGGACGUGUUUGCGAUGCCGCAGAGCGGAACGAGCGUGACCGUCGAGUCGGUGGAUCCGGUCUAUCAGACGAAGCACAUGGACUUGCUUAAAUUGGUCGGCAGAACUGAGAAUGUGGUCGGAUGGUAGGUCGCGAAAAUUAGUGUAGUUUCAUUCGUUUUGUUCAGGUACCACUCGCAUCCAGGGUUCGGCUGCUGGCUCUCUUCGGUGGACGUCAACACUCAGCAAUCCUUCGAGGCCCUUCAUCCUCGUGCAGUCGCCGUCGUCGUCGAUCCGAUCCAGAGUGUGAAGGGGAAAGUGAUGCUCGACGCGUUCCGUUCGAUCAACCCGCUCAACCUGCACCUUCGCCCUCUUGCUCCGACCGCCGAGCCCCGACAAACCACCUCAAACCUCGGACACCUCACGAAGCCCUCGCUGAUCUCUGUGAUUCACGGCCUUGGCACCAAGUACUACUCGCUGAACAUCACCUAUCGAACGACUCCGAACGAACAGAGAAUGCUGAUGUGUCUGAACAAGAAGAGUUGGUACGACGAGUUGAACAUGAUGUCGUACACGGAUCUCGGAAAGGGCCAGGAUGAGAAGUUCAAGAACAUCAACAAGCUGAUCUCGGUGUUCACGAAAGAGAUCGACGAGACGAAGGCGAGCCCUAAAACCGAGGAAGAGAUCAAGAAGUUCGGAAAGAUCAAUGUGAAGCAGCAGUUGCAAAUGGUAGUGUUCCCUUGGCUCCCCCAGAUAAUUGUGCUAUUUUCAGCUCACCUCCGACCUGCUCAACGACACGAUUUGUCAUCAAAUCAACGCCAUGAUCAACACAAAGUCCAUGAACUAA